AACGACGGCGACGCGCACCUGAUGACGCAGAUGCUGAUUGGAGAGUGUGCCAAGCCAUCGUGCGCAAGUGCUCACUGGAGCUAGCGGCAUCGGAGGCCACCCCGCUUGCCUCUUUGGACCAGAAGAGGCAGCAGCAUGAGCUUCAGACCUUGGAGCACGACAUCAACUUUUUGAAAGCCCGACUGGCAGAUCUCCGUGGGGAGCGUGAACGCUUGGAGAACAGCCUUUCGAAUCUCGAGGAGCUACGUGAGGCGAAGAGGCGCCGAGUGGACUAG